AUGAUGAUGAUGUCUCUGAACAGCAAGCAGCCCUUCAGCAUGCCCCACGGCAGCGGCAGCCUGCACGAGCCCAAGUACUCGGCGCUGCACACCGCCUCCCCCUGCACCUCCGCCGCCGCCGCCCCCUCGGCCAGCUCCCCCAGCAGCACCAGCAGCGGGGCCGGCAGGAGCAGCACCAGCACCAGCAGCAGCUCGGAGGCGAUGAGGCGAGCCUGCCUCCCAACCCCCCCGAGCAAUAUAUUCGGCGGUCUGGAUGAGAGUUUGCUGGCCCGCGCUGAAGCCCUGGCGGCGGUGGAUAUAGUUUCCCAGACCAAGAGCCACCAUCAUCACCCGCCUCAUCACAGCCCCUUCAAGCCGGACGCUACUUACCACACCAUGAACACCAUCCCUUGCACCUCUGCUGCCUCCUCCUCGUCGGUGCCCAUUUCCCACCCGUCGGCCCUGUCCGGCACUCACCACCACCACCACCAUCACCACCACCACCACCACCAGCCUCACCAGGCUUUGGAAGGGGAGCUUUUAGACCACAUUACUCCAGGGCUGGCGCUGGGGGCCAUGACCGGACCCGACGGCUCGGUGGUCUCCACGCCAGCCCAUGCGCCUCACAUGGCCAGUAUGAACCCUAUGCACCAGGCAGCUCUAAGCAUGGCCCAUGCCCACGGGCUGCCUUCUCACAUGGGAUGCAUGAGCGAUGUGGACGCAGAUCCCCGGGAUUUAGAAGCUUUUGCAGAGAGGUUCAAGCAGAGGAGGAUCAAGCUCGGAGUAACCCAGGCAGAUGUGGGAUCUGCCCUGGCCAACCUGAAGAUCCCAGGGGUAGGCUCACUGAGCCAAAGCACCAUCUGCAGGUUUGAGUCCCUUACCUUGUCCCACAAUAACAUGAUCGCCCUCAAACCCAUCUUGCAAGCCUGGCUAGAAGAAGCAGAGAAAUCUCACCGGGAGAAGCUCACCAAACCAGAGCUCUUCAACGGAGCAGAGAAGAAGAGAAAGCGCACCUCUAUCGCUGCACCUGAGAAGAGGUCCUUGGAAGCCUAUUUUGCCAUCCAGCCACGUCCUUCCUCGGAAAAAAUAGCAGCCAUCGCAGAGAAACUGGACCUCAAGAAGAACGUGGUCCGGGUCUGGUUCUGUAAUCAGAGACAGAAACAGAAACGAAUGAAAUAUUCCGCUGGGAUUUAGUCUGUGGGAGCUUUUUUUUAAAAAAAAAAAAAUCGGCAACAAGACACACUUUGAUAUUUCUCUACAGUGAGAUAGAGAGACAAACACAGAGACAGACAGAAAGACCGACAGAGAAAGAGAAACACACAGAGACUGUCAAACAAGAAGUAAAUUGUCAAAUUUAGGAAAGUUCCCCUUGGAGAGAACCGCUGCUUGUUUAGAAUGAUAGUAUAAAACAGAGACUAACUUUUUGAAGGCAGAUAAGAAAUUCUUUUUAAAGGACCGAAGACGUAUCAAGUAAGAUUUGUUUUUAUUAUUAAAGACAUCACCCGUGUUCAAAUUUAAAAGUACACUUUGCAACUAUUUUUCAGAAAAUAAAUUGACUCGAAACUGAAACUUUAAUCUAGA